AUGGAGUGUGGUGUAGCCUUUAAUGCAGCAAAUUCAAGGCAAUUUGAGAUUGCUUGUGAGGCAAUGACCCAAUAUGGUUCAGCCCCGAGGGAACGAUUUACGGAGUCGGUUGAUGCAUCAAGUGAAGUUCAUAGUGCAACAAUGCUAGCUGAUUUGUUACAGGAGAAGAUUGAGGACAUUGGAAGGGACAAUGUUGUUCAAGUUGUGACCGACAAUGGCGCUAACUAUAAGGCUGCUGGUAAGAUCUUGAUGGAUAGGAUUCCCACACUGUUUUGGAGUCCUUGUGCUGCACAUUGCUUGGAUCUGAUGUUGGAAGAAAUUGGGAACUUGAAGGCAUUCAAGAAACCUAUUGCACGUGCUAAGCGUGUCACCAACUUCAUUUAUAGGCAUGGAAGGCUUCUUAGUGCAAUGAGGGCUCAAACAGGUGGGACUGAUCUUGUUAGGACAGCAAAGACUCGAUUUGCCACAUCAUUUCUGACAUUGAAGAGUUUGUACAAGAACAAGGAUGCCUUGAAGAGCUUGUUUCAGAGUCAACAAGUGCAAGACAUUGUGCUAUCUCUUGAGUUUUGGAACUCAAGAGAAGAUUGCCUAAGAGCUUCAGCCCCACUCUUAAUUGUUUUGAGGGCUGUUGAUGGUGAUGAGAAGCCUGCAAUGCCAGAGGUAUGGGCUCUAAUGAAUCAUGCAAAAGAGAGGAUAAAGCAAAGCUUCAAUAUACCAACCAAGGAUGGCCUACUCAAGAAGAUCAUGGAAAUUAUUGAGAGGCGUUGGGUGAAACAAAUGGACCAUCCAUUUGCUUGGAAGAAUGAUACCGAUGUGGAAACACAAAUGAAGAUCAAUAGGCGUGCCAUUGAGUAUGAAGAGCAACGUGGAGAAGCCUUCUCAAACAAAAUGGCAAAGGAAAGCUAUGACAAAAUGAAUCCUCGUCGUAACCUUCCUAGGAGAGCUGCUGCUCUGUUCAAGAUUAUAGACGCCCUUGAAAUGUUCCUGCUGCUGCUGCUUUCUUUGAAGAUGGCGAAGAGGAAGACGAAGUUGAAGACCCACAUGAUGAUGCGAAUUUGCUUCAAGGGGAUGGAUGCUACGUGGGAGAAGAGCUUUUGA